GACAGGAAGAGGGACAUCCUGCUGCGGGAGCAGCAAGCUCAGCAAGACGAGGACCGCAAGGUGCAGGAGCUGCACCUGCAGCUGCGUCAACGUCUUGAGCAGACGCCGCAGCCGCAGCCGCAGCCGCCGCAGCCGCCGCAGCUGCAGCAACAGCCGCAGCAGCCGCAGCAGGUGCCAGAACGCGCCGCUGUCCAGGCAAUGUGGACGGCGUAUUUUGCGCAGCAGCAGCAGCUGCAGCACCAGCAGCUGCAGCACCAGCAGCUGCAGCACCAGCCACAGCCGCAGCCGCCGCCGCAGCAGCCGCCCCCCCCGCCCGAGCAUGGCGGGCCGGGGCCCGGUGCGCCAGCGCCGCCGCAGGAGCCCGCGAGGGAGAGGGGCUCGCGCCCGCGCAGCGGGCAGCGGAGCGGCGGCACGAGGAGGAGCAGCCCGGGCCCCAGGAGGAGGCGUGAGAGCGAGAGGAGGAGAAGCACCAGCAGGCGCACGAGGACCCGGCGAGAGGAGCGCAGCAGAUCCGCGGCAAGAAGGCGCGAGGAGGAGGCCCGCCGCCGGGCCGAGGACCAGGCAGAGGCCAGGAGGGAGGCGGAGCGGAUGGAGAAGGCGAAGCAGGAGGAAGAGAAGCAGCGGCGCGCGGCCGAGGAGGCGCUCCGCAAGGAGGAAGAGAAGAAGGAGGCGCGCCGCCAGGCGGAGAGGCGGCCCAAGAAGCAGCAGGAGAGGCGGCGCGGGGCCGAGAUCGACAAGGCAAAGCAAGACUUAGACAGAGAGCUGGCCGCGAUAAAGGCUCGAAACGAAAAGCACAAGGCCGAGCAGGACGCGCGCGAAGAGGCAGCCGACAGAGCUCUGGCAAAGGCCAAGGGCGAUGCCAGGAAGCGCAAGGCACAAAGCCCGGCGAAGCGGAAGGACUUCGAAUCCUUCGAGGCCCGCUCGGACCCCGUUCACUGA